CGAGAUUUUUCGGGGCAAUUCUAUAAACUAGGCAACUGGCGGUGGUUGCCAAAAUGUCUUACACCAUGUUGACUUUCUGCUUAUUUUCGUUGUUGGCUUUUUCUUCCGCUUGCUACAUCCAGAACUGUCCCAUUGGAGGGAAGCGGUCUAUUCUGGACAUGGAAGUCAGAAAGUGCAUUUCCUGCGGACCUAGGAACAGAGGCCACUGCUUCGGGCCCAGCAUCUGUUGCGGGGAAGAGCUCGGUUGUUUCUUUGGCACAGCAGAAACGUUGCGAUGCCAAGAAGAAAAUUUUCUCCACCCUUGCGAAUCUGGAAGGAAACCGUGUGGGAACAACGGAGGGACGUGUGCUGCCUCCGGCAUCUGCUGCAAUCACGAGGGUUGCCUGGUUGACUCCAUAUGUGAUCAAGAAUGAGAAGACUCACGGAAGGACACCGCAAAAACAAUUUUUAGCUUAUGAACUGGUAGAUAAUGCCAAACUGAUGCGACAGAUGGUUCUGAAAUGUUUGCUAGAAGCCUGCAAUUCAUACAUUUGUGCAAAAUAAAAGUUGAACAGCCAUUAAAA